AUCUUCAACUUCUUCCUCUGAUAGCGGGGCAAAAAAUAACUGGGUAUCGAUAAGGAAGCAGUGCCCCGCCAAAGAAAAAACAGAAGUUUAGAACGAGGGGCAGCAAGCGCAGGGGCCACAUUGGAAAGCCCUAAUCCGCUAAAUCUUCGGCUCUUCAGCUUUCAACUCUUUCUCUUUCGCCUGACUUUUGUUACGAGCCAAAAAAUUGCGACUAGCCCCUCCACGAUUUCGAAAAAGUUGGGAUUCCCCACGAUAUCACUACGACAUCGCCCAUAUCCUAUAUCCCAGACCGCAUUAGCCACGAUGAGUGGAUUAAGAAACGGUUCGGCGCCUGUGCGCUCCAUGGAGGAUGACAGCGACGUUGAGGAGGAGGCCCUUGUGGCAGACUACCGCGAGCAGGUACAAUAUGAAGAUGGUAUGGAAGAGUUGGAGCAGGUGAACUCCUUGACGAUGGCUCAGCAGACCGACGACAUACAGUCCAGACUCGUUGCCGCUGCUCAACCUCUAGAUUUCUCUGCUCCUCUCGAAGUCAAGUUCCAGAGCUACGAUUCCUACUGCAACCUGUUCCACUUUAUCCUCAACUCCGAUGGCCCUGUCGAUCUGGAGCCUCCCUCGCACUACUGGGCUUGGGAUGUUAUCGACGAGUUCAUUUAUCAGUUCAACUCUUUCUCCUCUUACCGCCUAAGAAUCGCGAGGCAAGCGAGAGAUAACGAAGAAGAGCGACAGAUUCUACGCGAGAACCCCAACACUUGGGGCUGCUACAGCGUUCUAAAUGUGCUGUACUCCCUAAUCCAGCGAUCUCAGAUCACCGAGCAGUUGGCCGCCAUGAAGCGCAACGAAGACCCCGCAGCCGUUGCUGGAGAGUACGGCUCCAAGACGCUGUACCGCAUGCUCGGUUAUUUCUCUAUUAUUGGGCUGCUGCGCGUCCACUGCCUUCUCGGCGACUUCAGUCUCGCGCUUAAGACGCUCGACGACAUUGAGCUGAACAAGAAGGCCAUGUUCGCGCGCGUUAUGGCCGCCCACUUUACCACCUACUACUACGUAGGUUUCUCUUACAUGAUGAUGCACCGAUACGCCGAUGCCAUCCGCAUGUUCAGCCACAUUCUUGUCUACGUGUCGCGUACCAAGAACUUCCAGAAGAACGCCCAGUACGAUUCUAUCACCAAGAAGAAUGACCAGAUGUACGCUUUGAUCGCCAUCUGCGUGGCUUUCCAGCCAACCCGUCUAGACGAUACCAUUCACACCGCUCUAAGGGAGAAGUACGGAGACCAGCUACUUAAGCUGCAACGUGGCGGCCCAGAGUCGCUACCUAUUUUCGAGGAGUUGUUCAAGGCUGCCUGCCCCAAGUUCAUCUCGCCGGUUCCCCCUGACUUCGAGAACCCCGAGGCCAACGUGGACCCUAUCGACCACCACCUCUCCAUCUUCAUGGACGAAGUCAAGACAAACAUGUGGAACCCUACCGUCAAGUCCUACCUCCGCCUUUACACAACCAUGGAUCUUAAGAAGCUCGCUGGUUUCUUAGAGGUGCAACCAGAGGAAUUACGGUCUUGGCUCCUCGUCAACAAGCAGCGCACGAAGCAACUACGGUGGACGGACCACGCCUUACUUGAAGGUGAAUGGGUCAACGUCAGUGAUUUGGACUACGCCAUGCAAGGAGUAUGUAUUUGCCCUUUUGAUACAAGUCAAGCUUCGUGUGCGACUAUCAAGCUUUAAUGUACGACAGUGCUAACGGACACUCGCAGGACCUCAUUCACAUCUCAGAGGCUAAGGUAGGACGCAAGCUGGUAGACUGGUACCUCCGCAACCUAUCACGGAUGUACAGCUAAGUACAUCGAGGAGACUUCACUUAAUAGAAAGUUUCAUCUCUUCGGCAGGGUGCAGCAAGAAGGGAAAUAUUGAGAGGGCGAGGCUCGCGGGUUUUCGUA